AUGGCAUCCAUUUUGAUCGCAUUCGUGGUCGCGGCUCUAGCCAUCAAGAAAGGAGGAGCAUCGCCGACAACCGCCAACCAACGAUCAUGCAUUCAAAUCGAGGUCCCAGUCAGCGUUGACACCACCGCAAUCAAGUGGCUGCAACCGCGGGUUGACAGCAGCAUUGAUGCCGUGGAUUGGGUCAGGUAUCAGACGACCAGGACGUCACCCAACAACACCGAGAGCAUGAUGGGUCGGAUCCCUAUCAAAGAGACUUUCAAGAUCAAUGGCCAGCUCUGUGUCCCUCCCAAGGGCGCCGCCAGGCUUGAAAUCCUACAGAUCGCCACUCACGGUGGCGGCUUUGACAAGAGAUACUGGGACGCCGAGAUCAAGCCCAAGGAAUACUCCUACGUCGAAGCCGCAGUCGCCGAGGGCUACUCCAUCUUCACCUACGACCGUCUCGGAACGGGCCACUCCUCCAAGCCCAACGCCUACGACACCGUGCAGAUCAACGUACAAAUCGAGAUCCUGCGCCAACUGACCCAGCUCGCCCGCUCCGGAACGCUGGUCAGCGCCUCCAAAAAGCUCAGCGGCUGCACCACCGACGCCCGCCUCACCAAAUACACACCCGCCAAGAUUGUGCACGUCGGCCACUCCCUCGGCUCGCUCGUCUCCGUCGGCCUGGUCACCAACUACCCCACCGACAGCGACGGUCUCGUUGCUACGGGGUUCUUGGUCCCCAACAUCCCGCUGCCCGGGCUCAACGUCGCGACGUGGGGGUUUGAGUUUGCGCGCGAGAACGAUCCGGUGUUGUUUGGGGAUCGUGGCUCGGGAUAUAUGGUGUCCGCGACCAAGGGAAAUGUGCAGCUGAACUUUCUGCGGAAGGGGUCGUUUGAGCCCGAGUUGUUGGACUAUGCGUGGAAGAUCCGCCAGACGGUGACGGUGAGCGAGUUUCAGUCGUUGACGACCGGGUUUGGGCAGGAGGGUGCCAAGUUCAAGGCGCCGUUCCAGAUGGUGGUGGGGGAGAAUGACUAUGGUAUUUGUGGCGGGGAUUGUAACGGGGCGUAUGAUCUGGAUGUGAUCAAGCAGGUGUAUCCGGGGGCGACGGAUCUGGAUGUGCAUGUCCAGCCGGGGACGGGACAUGGCUUGACGCUUUCGAUCAACGCGACGGCUGGGUACAAGGCCUCGUUUGACUUUUUGCACAAGUCGGGGUUGUAG